AUAUUCGAAGGGAAAGCAGCAUAAGAACUUGUUACUGAAAUGGCGGAAGAUGAGCAGCGGCUACUAUGCCAGGCGGCGACCAACGGAGAUGUUCAGAAAGUGAAGGCCCUAAUCGCAUCCAGAGCUGAUGUUUCCUACUUCGACGAAGACGGUUUCACACCUCUGAUGUUAGCUGCCAAGCACGGGCACGCCGAUGUGGUCAAGAUCCUACUCGAAGCCGGUGCUCCAUGGAACGCCCUCUCUCCUUCCAAUCUAUCCGCUGGAGACUUUGCCAUGGAUUCCGGUCACCAAGAUGCAUUUGACGUACUGCUUAAUGCUGGGAUACAAGCUGAAUUGAUACUUGGUACAAUUGCAAGAAGAGAAAAUAAAAUUGGUGAUUUGGAUGGGGACUAUUUAGAAGAUAGAGUUAGUUUUAGCGAGGAUAAGCUCAUGGAUGCCAAUAGCAAGGCUGUCAUGAUGGCUUGGGAGAAACCAUUAAUGGAGGCUCAUGCAAAGGCUGUCUGCUCAAGAGGUGGUCACAUCCUGAACAUAGGAUUUGGAAUGGGUCUCGUGGAUACUGCCAUACAGCAGUAUGGACCUGUUACACAUACCAUUGUUGAGGCUCAUCCUGAGGUUUAUGAUCGGAUGCGCCUUUCUGGUUGGUCUGAGAAGGAAAAUGUGAAGAUUGUAUUUGGUCGAUGGCAGGAUGUUCUUCACCAACUUGAAUCUUAUGACGGUAUCUUCUUUGAUACUUAUGGGGAAUACUACGAGGAUCUAAGAGAAUUCCACCAGCAUCUCCCCACUCUAUUGAAGCCUGGAGGGAUUUACUCGUUCUUUAAUGGCCUUUGUGGAGGUAAUGCCUUCUUUCAUGUUGUUUACUGUCAGAUAGUAUCCCUAGAACUUGAGAGUUUGGGUUAUUCAACACAAUUUAUAUCCUUACCUGUUAAGGAUUGUUUAGGAGAAGAAGUCUGGGAGGGUGUUAAACACAAAUAUUGGCAGUUAGAUACAUAUCAUCUUCCUGUUUGCCAGUCUUCGGAAGACUCUGAAUGAUAGAUAUCUUCUGUUGGAGUGGUUUUUGUUAAAUUAGUAGCAGUUGAAUUAUUGCACUUUUUAGGUUUUUGCCAACUACAUUUCUUCAAUCAAUGAUACAUUGAAAAGAAUUUAGCCUUGAAAGCAAGAAAGUUCAUGUUUCACUUUGUUUCU